AUGGCGCAAUUGAGAGCCGUGCCCAUAGACGUGCAACAAAACCUUUUGUCGGUCAAAAAUCAUCACGUGGAAGGCCUCCCAUUGGUUCAAGAAAGCUCCAAAAUUAGUCAUUUGGGAAUUAUACCUCUUAGUAUUAUGCCAGAGUUUGGUCAAGUUCUAAGAUCAGGUUUCGGUGUUAUUAAGAUCGCCGUUUCGUUGGGCUACUGUGCGACAAACAAUUUGACGACUUUCAACAUCAGCGGAAAUGGAAUUAACGAUUAUAACACCGACAAUGAUCCUGAGACCCUGAGAUUUGGAACAGAAACUCAGUUCCAUUACAGAUAUAUGCGCCAGGUCUUUAAAGACACUUUUUCCAAGAAAAUUGGUUUGCAGUGA